UAAACAUUUAACAAGCUGAGGGCAAAGGUGAACGGUACAAGAUGUUCCCCCAGAGAGCGAUUCUCAGAGCAAGCCACCAAUAGCUCCAAGCAAUGGAGGGACUAUGGACUUACCUGCUCUACCUCUAUGGACUCUUUCUGGAUGCCGUGUUCCUAUGUGAGAAUCCAGUGAAGCUGCACGCUAAUGAACUGAACCGGGACCAGUAUCUUGGCAGGUGGCUUUUCAUCGCGGCGGCAUCCUCAUCCUCGUCGUCGCUGGAGAAAUUUGCCUACGUUGACAGCACCCUGUUUAGUAUGAAUCAGAGCGAGACCCCAGAGCGGUUGCAACUACAGGCUGCCAUCCGACUGAAAUCCGGCCAGUGCAUUCCCAAAUCGUGGAAUUAUUUGCUUAUGGAAGAAAGUGCUGAUCUGGCUACCGAAGGCCGGCCUCACAUGAGGACAGAAUUGUUCUCUGCCAAAUGUCCCAAUACCAUUGUUGUCCAGGAGACUGAUCAGGAUUACCAAAGGAUCCUUUUCUACUCCCGGAUCCUCCAUCCUGAAGAACACUGCCUUGCUGAUUUCUGGAACAAAGCUGCUUGCCUUGAUAUGAACGAACUCCUCCUUAUACCCAGAACUCAAGAUGCCUGUGAAUUCCAGGAAACUUGACCUCUAAUUUUUCAGUAAGAAUAUAAGUUUUCACAUCCAGCUCAGCAGGAAUGAAUUACCCCCUUGAAGCUGACUGUGACUCAUCUGCUUGGAGAAGCAAUUGCUUGUAGUUUUAAAUAAAAUGUAUUUUCUAACGAGAAAA